AUGUCAGAAGCUCCUCAUACUGGCUUCCACUUCACUUCGCAACGACAUCAGGAUACGUACCCGGCGAUUGAACCGAGCAAGCGAGAUUUCGCCGGCAGAUAUGUGUUCAUCACUGGAGCGUCCAAAGGAAUAGGCUGGGAGACUGCCCUCUCCUACGCAAGUGCUGGUUGUGCAGGUAUCGGAAUCGGCGCCCGAUCUGAUCUUAAGCCUCUCAUCCCCCUCAUCAAAGAAGCGGCAGCCGCUGCAGGCAAGCCGGCGCCAAAGGUUGAAGCUGUUGAAUUAGAUGUGACGGAUGAGGCCAGCGUCUCAGCGGCUGCGAACACGAUAGCGGCGGCCUUCCCGCGCGUGGACAUUCUGAUUAAUAAUGCGGGAUAUCUGGAGAAGCGUAAGAAGAUAGCCGAAAGCGACCCACAUGAAUGGUGGAAGACGUGGAAUGUCAAUGUCAACGGGCCAUAUUUGGUCACUCGAGCAUUUUUGCCACAAAUGCUGUCAAAGGGUGGAGAUAAAAUCAUUGUCAACAUGUCGACUAUGGAUCUGAUGGCAUCUUAA